AUGUCUAUCAUCUCUACAAUCGCAUAUGGCGUCGGAACCGCGCAUCUCUCCGCAUUCAGACAGGUCUUUGGUCUCCCCGAAUUUGACAGCGUGCAACUUAUCGUAGAGGCUCUCAACAUGGACACCGCCACAUUGACACUGCCGAACAAAGACGCCGAAGUUGCUUCUGCACUCAAGCAGACCAAACUCUCGCGCCAAGACCUCUUCAUCACCUCUAAAGCUCUCUGCACCAACGGGCUCACCGUUGACGAAGCUCUUUCGCAGCAACUUUCCAGACUUGGCCUCGACUACUUCGACCUCUACCUCAUUCACAACCCGCGCUGUGCAAAGAACGAUGGAGAGCUGCAGGAUAAAUGGAAAGAGAUGGAGGCGGCCUACAGAAGCGGUCGCGCAAGGUCAAUCGGCGUUUCCAACUUUACCAAGGCGCAGCUACAACCUAUUCCGGAAGUGGCUACCAUUCGGCCUUCGGUGAAUCAAUUCGAGUAUCAUGCGUACGCGCAGCAUGAGGACCUUGUUUCCUGGAUGAAGAACCAGGGUAUGGUGGCCUCGUGCUAUAGCUCUCUUGCACCGAUUAUGAGGGGAAAUCCCGGCCCUGUGGAUGGCAAGUUGGGACAGUCAGCGAAGAAGUAUGGCGUUGAGGAGAGUGAUAUCGCUGUGAAACGGUGCUGGGAUCAGGGACUUGCUGUGGCUACUACUGGGAAGAAUUUGCAUCGGCUCAAAGGAUAUUUGGAUGACUUUGACAAGUUCCGGCGAGGAUAUUGA